GCAAGCAGCGUCUCUCUGCUUGGCAUUUCUGCAUACUGGCAUGGAGAUAGCACACCGACGCAAUGUUCUAGGAAUGGACUUGGAUAGUCACUUUUGGAUGUAACGGGUUUUUUUUUUCUCGUUUUUUUAUUUUCUUCGUCUUUUUUUUUAAGUGAAACAACAUCCUUAAACCGAACAUGGCUUGGCCAUGCAUCAGUAGAGUCUGUUGUCUGGCUCGAUUCUGGAACCAGUUUGAUAAAUCCGACCUCUCAGUUCCCCUGACUAUUCAAAACUACUCGGAAAUCACAGAGCAAGAGGUGAAAGCCGUCACUAAACACGUCCCGGGAGACCGGGCUCUGAGGGAUGACUACCCCACAACACCCGAUAACAGAGGAUCGCCUACAGUCCAGGAGUUUGGGAACAGGAGAUCUUGGAAGGGACGGAAAGAGACCAGCUUCAAACCCCGAGAGGAUUAUCACCCGCCCGGUGUGCCGUUCCAGAGCGUGACCCAGUACAAGCAGGAUUUUAAGCCCUGGCCAAUUCCUAAAAAGGAGAAUUUUCCUUGGAUAAGCAAUGGCGGCAAGAAAGACGGGUUCUCUGCCUCUUUGUCGGAUAGCCCCACUCUCCACUACCCCAGCGCGGGUCAGCAAAGGGGGGAGAGGGAAGACAAAAACAGACAGAAGAGGGGAGAAGAGCGCCCAGAAAAGUCGAAAACCAGCUCGUACAGACAGGAAUUUCGCCCCUGGAUGGGUGCCAAACCAUCAAAGUCAUCCCGAAAAAAGCCGACCUACAUGAGCUCUAGUACUGAUAUACCUCCUGAAACCAGCUACAGGGCUGCCUUUGGUGGGGAUGUCUUCAAACAGAUGGAGACUCUGCAAGUUGACACCAGCACCCAGAGAAACACCUUACCUGACAAAACAGAAGCAAGCACAGGAACCAAGGGGGAGGAGCAGUUGGUGAAAACCAAGUUAUCUCCAAAUCCCUCUGCCGUCUUUCAAAGUGGAUCACGGAUCUUCAACAUAUGAAUAGCCUGUGAACCUCUGAUUGUAAAGAGAGCCCUGGGAUGCUGUAGUUUUACUCCAUACAACACAAAAUCUAUGCAAGAGGACAUUCAUCGUAAAUGGGCAAUGCCUUUAAAGGCAUGUCUUGUAAUAACUUUAAAGACAAUGUCUGUAUUCUGUAUUACAAUUAAGUCUGUAUACAAUAGGUUUUUUUUCCUGAUGAUUUAACAAGGUUAAAGGAAUGUUUUGGGGAUAAAAUAUGCAUGUAAAAAUGUCUCGAUAAGCUUUUGCAGUUAGACUUCUUGACAGAAUGGCUGCCCUGUCAGUUUUGUGUGUGUGUGUGCUUGUUGAACUGGAAUGAAAUUAAUCUUUUUUUCGUACAUACUAUGAAUUUAUUUUAAAGAACAUCCAACUUGCGGUUUUAAAAUGUAUGCUACAACCGGUUUGAUAUCCUCAUUAUAAAGUAUUAAGUCAGCUAGAUUUUUAUUAAUGGCAAAACAAUAAAUACUAAAUAUGUUUUUUUU